UACUUAAAAUUUGUUUCCCAGAGUAAUUGAACUUCUGCGUCAUACCGGAAGUGUGGUGCAUUGUGGUAGUGUGGUUGCCAUAAGGAAAAAGUCGGCAGGUUGUGGUGGCUCUCAAAAGAAAUUCACUAUGAAUGCAGGAAAACUGAGCUGGGCGGAACAGGUUGAACACGAAGAUAAUGAAGACGAAAUAAUUCUAGCUCCUGGAGAAUCGGGUGAAGCAACUAUUGAAGAGAAAGAUGGACUGAAGAAAAUCACAGAAGUCAAUUGGAGUGAAGACUUAGGGAAGCACAUUAAGGUUAUCAAAUCUUACAGAGUUGAAACAAAAAAGCUCACUAAAUCUAUUGCCAGGCGAAAGCAAUGGAAGAAGUUUGGAUCUGCUGAAAGUGAUCCACCAGGUCCUAACCCUGCAAACACGAUUAUUUCUGAAGACAUAUUCAUGUCAUUUUUGAACAGUAAAGAGCACCAAAUUGAAACAGACGAUGACCCACUUCUGAAAAUAAAAUCUCAGAAAAUUGUUACUUGCCGUAUUUGUAAAGGAGAUCAUUGGACUACCAGAUGUCCUUAUAAGGACACUCUACAACCAUUACAAGAUAAUCUCAAGGAAGGAGAGAAGAAACAAGAUGCAACAACUCCUGGUAGUGCUGCUGGUUCAUUGGCAUCAAAAACUGGCAAAUAUGUACCACCAAGUUUGCGUGAUGGUGCCAACAAAGGACGAGGAGAAUCAAUGAACAAUAGCAAACGAGAUGACUUUGCUACAAUCCGUGUGACGAAUCUCUCUGAGGAUACUCGUGAAGCUGAUUUACAAGAGCUAUUCCGGCCCUUUGGAACUAUUCACAGAAUAUAUUUGGCUAAAGAUAAAAACACAUGCCAAUCGAAAGGUUUUGCUUUCAUCAAUUUUCAUCGCCGUGAAGAUGCAGCUCGGGCUAUUCUUGGAGUAUCUGGCUAUGGUUAUGACCACUUGAUUCUUAAUGUUGAAUGGGCAAAGCCAUCUGUAACAUCUUGAUAGCUGUGUGUUGUAGAAGUUGAUGACUCCCACACAUUUAGGUGUUCUCUUGAUGAUGCUGCCUAAACAUUUUAUUGCAUUAAAUAGUACCCACAACAGUCAGCUGCAGCUGACAUGUGAAACAUUAAUAAAACUUAAUAAAACAA